AUGGCUGCAAUUUAUCAAGCAGUGCAUAGAAGAGCUUCCUCUCUUGUCUGCAGGUUACACUCUACCUAUGUUAGAAAAAUGAGGUACUUAAAUGAGCUAAAGGAAGAUGAUAGCCUUUGUAGACAAGCACAGACCUCAGGAACUUUCUACCUCUUUCACAAGCUCUGCCCCUUCCUGCAGAAAGUUGGGAAGAAAUAUUUGGUACCACAGCUCAGUGCAGCAGAGAUGAAAAGGAUCCUGGAGAAAUUCAAAGAGACUGAACAGUGGAUAGAGAAGUCGGUGCUGAUCGGUUGUUCAGACGAGCACGUAGCACACUUUGCCCUGGAUUUAGGAGACUUGGAGAAAUCAGUCAUUGAGUCUGAACUCAAGGGAUCGUUUACUGACUUAAGAAAGGCUCUCUUCGUAGUGGAUGGGAAGGAUUCUCGUUUGCUGUCUUCGGCCCAGUCCCUUCUCCGGUGGCACGAUUCCCACCAGUACUGUAGCAAAACUGGGCAGCCUACUCAGAAGAACAUAGCUGGCAGCAAGCGUGUCUGCCACGCCAGUGGAAUAACUUACUAUCCACAGAUGUCUCCAGUGGUUAUCAUCCUGGUGUCUGAUGGGAGCCGGUGCCUCCUCGCACGACAGCCCUCGUUUCCCCAGGGGAUGUACACUGCUCUGUCAGGCUUCUGUGACGUGGGUGAAAAUGUGGAGGAGACAGUGCGGCGAGAGGUGGCAGAAGAGGUGGGCCUGGAGGUGGAGUCGCUCUGGUACUCAGCUUCUCAGCACUGGCCCUUUCCCAGCAGCUGCUUAAUGAUAGCCUGUCAUGCUUUGGUGAGAGCACAGCAGGCUGAGAUCAGUAUGAACAGCCUGGAACUAGAGGAAGCCCACUGGUUUGGCCUGGAGGAAAUUGUGGAGGGUCUCAAGAGAGAGCCCAGAUCUUCAAAGCACGAGAAUGGUAGUUUUUUACCCUGGUUCCCUCCCAAACAGGCCAUUGCUCACCAGCUGAUUUGUGAGUGGGUUAAGCAGCAGACUUCCCAGCCAGCUUAA